GGAGCCUCCAUUCUCACGCUCUCUGGGAGUCCAUUCCCCGCCCUGUGUCCUUCCUCCCCCAGCUCUCCGCCUCCAUUACCCGAUCCGUCCUCCUCCCGCUGCCCGGAAACACUUCCCCCGAGCCGAGCGGCCGAGCAGCCGGCCCAAUGAGCGCCUCGCAGCCGCCAGCUGGAUGUUUGGCACCGCGUACUGGGGGGUCCCCGAGCCUCGCCGUGUCCGGCCGCGGGAGCUAGAGCCCCCCGUGUGAGCCCGAGCGGCGGCGGCCAUGGGGGAGCAGAGCCCGGAGCUGUCCGCGCUCGCCAUGGAGCAGGAGGGGGGGCUGUGCCCGGAGGACAAGAUGCGGAAGUGGUUCCUGGACAAGCGGGAGUCCGGCACCGUGUAUGACACCACCACCGUGCUCAUCGAGCAGGACCGGCAGCCCGCCUGGGGGGAAGACGAUGACGACGACGAGGACGACGACGAGUUCGAGGGCCAUGUCGGCUCUAACUUGCCCUACCUGGACGCCGCCAACGAGCAGGGACUCCUACUGCUGCCCGAACAGGACGCCAUGUCCCAGGGCUAUGUCCAGCACAUCAUCUCCCCCGACCAGAUACACCUCACCAUCAACCCGGGGACCACCCCCAUGCCCAGGAACAUAGAGGGGGCCACACUCACCCUGCACUCAGAGUGCCCGGAGACCAAGCAGAAGGAGGUAAAGCGAUACCAGUGUACAUUUGAGGGCUGUCCGCGGACCUACAGCACGGCAGGAAACUUGCGCACUCAUCAGAAAACGCACAGAGGAGAAUACACUUUUGUCUGUAACCAGGAGGGGUGUGGGAAAGCCUUCUUGACUUCAUAUAGCCUCAAAAUCCAUGUACGUGUGCACACCAAGGAGAAGCCGUUUGAAUGUGAUGUACAGGGGUGUGAGAAAGCAUUUAACACCUUGUACAGGUUGAGAGCACAUCAGCGACUUCACACUGGUGAAACCUUUAACUGUGUAACUGAGGGCUGCAGCAAAUACUUCACCACGCAUAGCGAUCUGCGAAAGCACAUCCGGACUCACACCCGGGAGAAGCCUUUUAGGUGUGACCAUGAUGGUUGUGGCAAGGCGUUUGCAGCAAGCCAUCACCUUAAAACGCAUGUUAGGAAGCAUAUGAGUGAAAGGCCAUUUUUCUGCAUAAGUGAUGGCACCCAGCAAGAAUCGCAGAGCCACAUGAAAAGUCAUGACCUUGCUGGUUUGGAAGACUCAUUCCCCAACCAUGCCGGGUGUGAGGAUGCAAGUCCCUGGUUUUGUUUGAGUGAUUUAAGCAUUUUGUCUACUGAUUCUGAUCUGCGGGAAAACUCUGAUACUAGUUCAGGACAAACAUUUGGUACAAUGUUACCACAAAGCAUUUUUGAGUCUAUGUUUCAGAGCCCAGAAAGCACAGAAGAUCACGAUCCUUCUGAUCCUAAAGAUGCAUUGCAAAAAACAUGGGCAUCAGACACAAAAACAAGUUCUACAGGAGAGGGUUCCUCAACAGAAUCUGCACCAACAGUGGUUCCUUUGGUUAGCCAAUCUCUCACCCCUGUGGUUCCUCUUCCAAGUUCAGCUUGCAUGACCACCUCUGAAGUGCAUCUGCCAUCUGCUGCGAUGGAAUGUGGAACUCAGCAGGCAUCCACAAUGCCGUCAUCUGUGACACAACCACUGGAAGUGCCUGUUUGUAAUGGUGUUCAUUUUGCCACUAGUCAGGAAAACAUGCCUGCAUCACAGACUUCACAGCCAUUGAUGGAAGGCUUGACUGUUGUUGCAGGUCCUUCGCUAGCUGCAGGAGUUAGUUCAGAAUCAGUGUUGCCGACACUGAUACGUGCUGCAGUCUCAAGCUCAAACACAGUGUUGACUGGUAACCCAGCAAUAACCAUUACACAGACUCCCAGUACUGCCACUCUCCUGCCACCCAAUCUAGUUGUGGGUGACCAGAACAUUCAGUGGAUAUUAAAUGAAGCCGCACAAAGCCAGGAUAAAUCUCAGGUUCCAAAGAUGGACAAGGUUUAUUUUACUACUACUGUCCCACUUACUGGAAGUACUGGUAACAAUAUGCAGCAAAUUGGCCUGAGCCUUCCUGUUAUCAUUAUAAAGCAAGAAGAAUCCUGUCAGUGUCAGUGUGCAUGUAGAGACUCUGCUAAAGAGAAUGCUUCUAAGCGCAAAGAGUGUGCACCGCCAUAGCAAGCAACUGAUCCAACACUUGCAAAACAUCCACCUGUGGCAUAGCCAACCCCUCCCACCACAAUUCCUUUGCCUUCAUCCCUGUGUAGGCAGUGGCAGUCGCCUACUGAACCCCAGAGACUCUGCGCCCUGACAUCUCUGACUUUCUUUCUCUCCAGAGUAUAACCUGGAAGGGUUAUUGAAGUGUUCAUUCUCAAUAUUAACAAAACAGAC